AUGAGCCAGUUCAUGCGCCAUUCAAUAACAUCUCCCGAUCCCCAUGAGGAGGAGUUAGACAUUGAGAUCACCUCCAUCCGCGCAGAAAGUAAGCAUAGCAUCAAGCCAAUCUACCAAGCUGCAAUAAGCCCUAAUCAACCUAUCUUCCCAGUUCAAAAGCUUCAACGACGCAAACGCUUUCUAGCAUCAAGCCUCCUUUCCUCCGAUUCUGUCAAGAAACUUCUCCGCAAGCCAACACCGGCCUUAACAUCAAUCCACGAUGAGAUAUCUCCACUCGCCCGCGCAGCUGAUAAGCAUUCUGAAUCUAACCACUACCGCAUUGCGUUUGGCACGACUGCAUUCCCAUUCAAAGACCCGAGUUCGACAGCGAGUUCCAAGAACAUGCUAGGUGUGCGCAUCGACGUCUGCGCACGCAAUGGCAAAUUCCAGAAACCGUACUAUAUUCUCCUGAAAAGGGAGCGCAACGGUACAGAAAAGGAGAAGAAGUUUAAGGUACACCGUCAUACAAUCCCGGCGUUCAUCUCCAUGUCGAAGUUGGAGAGUGCUUACCUGCCUUCGUCGAAGCGGGGGCAUGAAGACGAAGAAUGUCGCGAGGGGAUUGCGCUCAAACCGUGGAAGGCUUCUCAGGUGCGCAAGCAAGACUUGCGUGGAUUUGUGCGUGAAUUACGGCGUGAGUUGGUUGCUUGGCAUUUGCGGACUGACGCGAUUGCUCAUCUACGGGAGAGAUUGGGGCUUGAGGAUGAUACCUCUAGUCAGAGCGAGCGGGUAUCACCUGAAACCAAGGCGGGACUGAUCUCACUGGAAGCGACUGCCAUUGAGGCGAGCUAUGUGCGCGUUGAAUGGGAGGAUGGACGCGUGGGACGGUUCAAGUUGACUAGUGGCGGCGUUGUUGAGAGGGCCGUUGUCAUCGGCGACCAAGGCCGCGAUAAACAAACCGAGGAUGCAAUGACUGGACAAGGCGGAAGAGUUGAGACUCUUCUCGAACGAUUGAAAGAAUUUGGCUCUGCGCAAGCAUCGUGA